UUCAGUUUCUUCUUCUUCCUUCAUCAUCUAACAACCAUAUCUACUACAACACUAUACACAGGCUAGGCUCUAGAAAACGUUGAUGCAUGUUUCUGUUUUGGUCAGUCAGCAGUUGAUUUUCAGUCCGAUUGGUAGAUCGUCCUUUACUCUGGAGGAAGAAGUCCUUUUAUCAUCAUCGGAGUUAGUUCAAAACAAAUAAAAAGGAGAAUUAGAAAAAUAAAAAUAGUGUUUGUUCUUUUUUUGUUUUGUGGAACUUAAUUAAGGAUAAACACACAAAACAAGGAUAUUUUUGUCACAAAACAAAAAAGUGAUUCAAUUGUGUUUAAAAAAAAAACUGUGACACAAGGUCAAGUUAAAAAGAACCGAUUUGGCGGUUAAAAUUAUUUGUUUUUUUUUGGAAAUCGAGUGUGUGACAAAACGAUUGAAAAACAUAACAAAAAAAAAAAGUGUGAUUAGAAAAAGUUCUGAAGGAUUUAUCCCAAAAAAAUAAAAAUAAAACAGAAAAAAGUGACAAAGAAAACGAAAAGAAAAAAAAUAGUGACACAAUCUAAAACUAAAACAAGUGACAAUAGUGUGGUGAGAAGGAGAGAGUGACUUUUGUGACUUUUUUCAAAAGAGUUUGAAUACAAAAAACUUUCAAAAUUCCUCGAAUGGCAGCUAAACGUAAAGCCUCCGUGCUCCUGCAUAAGGAGCCUCCGUUACCGACGGCCCCAGUUCCUGACACAGCAUCCGAUGUAAAUCCGGACGAUCCGUAUGCGGGUCUCAUGAAAGAUGCUGACAAACUCAAAUUAAUGCUUUUAGCUUGGAAUUAUCAAAAUUCCAAUGCUGUACGCAACGGCACCGAAGGUCCCGAUUUGGGUGUUGUUGGUGGUUUGUGGGCACAAUAUCAAAAUGCUUUGGCACAAAAUGUCACCAAAAUGGAAUCAUCAAUAUCCCCAAUUCCACGUGCAGAAGAAUCAUCACCAAUGGAAACUCAAGAUGAAACCAAUUCAUCAGGUCAAAAAGAUGAAGAUGAGGGAUCAGAAGAUGAUUCGGAUGAUAAAUUAGAUACACAAGCUCAUGAUCCGGAAAGAUUGAAGGCAUUUAAUAUGUUUGUUCGUCUAUUUGUUGAUGAAAAUCUUGACAGAAUCAUUCCGAUAUCAAAACAACCAAAGGAGAAGAUUCAAGCGAUUAUUGAUUCAUGUGCCAGGCAAUUCCCAGAAUUCAGUGAACGUUCCCGAAAACGCAUUCGAACUUAUUUGAAGUCUUGCCGUCGCAACAAGAAGGCCAGGGAGGGAUGGGAUAAUACUACUCGUCCAACUCCAGCUCAUCUAACAUCAGUUCAAGCUGAACAAAUUCUUGCGAUUGCUUGCGAAAAUGAAAGUAUGAAUGCCAAACGCAUGCGUAUUGGAUUGGAUCCAAUCACACAAGCCAUUCCACUCACCUCAAGCACAAGUUCCACAAGCACUGCUGUCACCAGCGAUGCACCAAGCACUUCGACAACAUUCUCGAGUGGAUUCCGUUCGACACCAAAUCCAGCUACAUCAGAAACUGACAUAAUGGCGCCAAUAACAACAUCCACACAAGGCGCCAGCUCCUCUGCCCGUAGUUCGCCAUUGGCAUUGAGUACCACAUCGGUGGGAGGAGGAAACCAACCUCUAAUCGGGGCAGGGACAACUUUGUCAAAUGGAAACACAACAGUGACUAGUGUUGGAGGACCUGUUCCCGCUUCCUCACCCAUCUAUCGCCCCACAGAUUUUACUUCACCAUCAUCCACGUCCCCAUAUGCAAGAACACCAGCCUAUCCAAGCUAUUUUCCUGCGGCUAAUGCUACUCCAACUGAUUUGUCAAUGAAACCAUCAACGGUACAACAACCUACUCAAUCGACAACAUCAACUGCUGCAGCAACUUCAUCAUCACUUAGUCCGAAUGCACGCCCCCCACCACCUCUAGUCACGCAUAAAUUAAGCGCCAAUGAAAUAACAGCCGCCAGGCAGGUGAUAACUGCAUAUCGAGAGAGUGCAGCAUUUCUACUACGGACAGCUGAUCAAGUUGAACAAUUGUUAGUUCAACAACAAUAAAUCAAGAUGACCGAUAUGACGGGCCUGAUACAAAAACAAACUAUUCAAAACACAAAUACAACAAGAACAACCAAAACAUAAAAUUGUUCGCUGUUCCUAAUUCAAAGAACAAACAAAUAAACACACAAAACAAAAUUAUAAAACAACAAAAAACAAAAUAAAACUAUUUUCGUGUUUUCAUAAAAAAAAUCUUAAAUAUAAAAC